AUUUACCCAAAAAAUCGAACACUUCACGCUAUUCGUCACUUUUGUAUAAAAGAUUCACGUAUUCCAAAACACAUCUAAAAACGAGUCUACAAUGGAUUGCUUACGCACAGACGCAAUAUUUAUGGAAAUUCUACAGCAAAGAAAAACAGUAACUGGGUUUCUUGAUGCCGUUUUUGGAUUCCUGCGAAGAAAUACCGACUUCUACUAUAUUAAAAAGGACCCAAAUGAAAAAAUUGGUUUUGCUAAAGGUUUGCGUGAGCAAAUUCUUUUCGGUGCUAUGCAACGCUAUGAUCCAGAAUGUAAGUUGAACAAUCUGACGGCUGAAAACACGGAAGUUGAUGGCAUGUUUGCGCCACCAGCCGUGGAAGAAGUUGAAGUAGAGACGGAUGAAGUACAGAUGGAUUCCGAAGAAGCUUCAAAUUCAAUGCACCCAGCAAUAGACAUCAAAACUAAGGCAACACAAAAGAAAUCUCAAAACUCGGAGUUUGUACCCACAGACUACAAGAACGGCUCAUGCUUUGCAAAGUACUGUUGGUCGCAGACAUUGAGUGAAGUGGAACUACAUGUUAAAUUGCCAGCAGAAUUAAAUAGUGCUAAAUCGAUAUGCAUUGAUAUAAAGCCUGAUCUGAUUUCCGUGCGGAGUCGAGCUAAUCCCGCCGAAAUUCUCAUAAAUGGUCAGAUUAGCAACCGAUUUAAGCACAACGAUGCUGUGUGGACUAUAACAGAAGGAAAACUAACAAUAAGUUUAGAUAAAAAUAAAGAAAUAUGGUGGGAAAAGUUCUUCACCACAGAAGAUCCGUUAGAUUCCAAGAAAAUAGAUUGUGAACGAUACAUAGAUGAAUUACCCGAAGACUCACAAGCGGCAAUACAAAAAUUGCGAGUUCAGCAAAUGGAGCAGGACAGUUUAAAUACAGAACAUGUGACAACUGACGGUGGAAGCACUAUUGAGCGAUUACGCACAGCAUGGGAUGCAGAAGGAUCACCAUUCAAAGGACAGCCGUUUGAUGCAUCUAUGGUUAAAUUCAGCUAAUUAUAUCAGAGACCUUUAUUUUGUUAGUAUAAAAACGUAAAUGUGCAUAAAUACUAUAUUAAGUCUUGUAAGAUUAUGAUUAUAAAUAGAUGUGAUAGAAAUAAUGAA